GCUCCGACAAGCUGUCCUCCAAAACUAUGAACAAUUUAUGCUAUUUUGAGUGAAUUGUUGCUGAGUAUUACUUAUCAAUUAAAUAUUAUUGAUAGUAUUAACCGAAGUUCUGUGCUAUCAAAAGAAAAAAAUAGUUCGUGUGUCAAUUUCCACUAACAGUCAAUUCGUACACCGUGGGUUGUUUGAGUGGUGGGAAAACCAUUUGCAACGGCGAUACUGGAGCACGUGAAUGCGGUGAUAUGUGUUUGUAGUAAUUCCUUACUUUCCCAACGUCAAUCAAACUGGGAGUCUAAAGCACAACUGAGCAUCAGAGCUUAUAUGAGAUAAAAUGGACGAAAACAGUGUGAAAAAUAAUAACAAUGAAUCACCUUUCACUGUUGGUAUUAAAAAAAUUAAAUUAAACGACGGUACUUCGCGGGUGGUUGUAAAAGAGGAUAAUUCUAGCGACCACCGAGCUGAUAACACCACCACAAGUUUAAAUGCUUGUGACCAACAUAUACACUUAGCUGACGUACAAAAUGAUUCAACGGCUCUGCAAAUCGAUUUAAAUAAAUACCAUGGCGAGUCGUCCGAACAAUUAAUAAAUUCUGAUGGCCAUUCACUUGAUACAACCGACCAACAAAUCGAUAUACCCAUGCAAAAGACCGAUUGUAUUGAUUUACAGAACGAGUUAAACGAUAACGAAUCUAAAUCAGUUCAACGGCAGAUUAAUUCAGCUGAAGCCCAGACAAGUUCAGUUGAUAAAAGUAAUGAAUCAUUCGAUAAACAGUACGGCAUCAACUCGCAACAAAUCGUUUUUGCUGGCGAAUUAAACAGUUUUACAGACUUGCAGAAUACCACAGAAAAUCAAACAAAUUCGGAUGAAUGUUUGCCUGACUCUGGUCCAAAAUCAAAUUCAUCGGACCAAAUGAUGAGUUCCGCGCCAAACGACGAUAUAAAUAAUAAAGUUGAAGACAACGCAUCUGAUACCAGUAGUGGACUGGGAAUCAAUUUAGAGAUACCUGCGGAAAACGUGUCAAUAGUGGGUCCUUCCACUAGUCGCGUCCACGCCACAUUACUCAACAUCGACUCACAACCAUCAACAUCACGUCACUCGACGGAGAGACCUUCGCACGAAUCAAAUUCCUCAAUUGACUCUGAUGAUGAAUAUUCUAAUCAUAGAUCAGUUCCACGAAUAUCGUUAAAUGUCGGAAGGCUAGAUGAUAGUCAAGCCCCUUCGCCUUUGUCUUCGCCUUCGCACAGCAUAGUCAUUGAAGAAGAUGACUACGAACCUCAGGAGCAAAAUGUUGAGGAAGCAGAGGCCUUGGCCGUCAACGCGCACUUAAGAGACGGAGCCUUCGAGCGCUAUGUACCCACAGAAGUAAAUCAAGAAAAGCCUAAGCACAACUACUAUAUACUAAAAGAGGUACAUAAUCGCGAGCUUGGGAUCUCGCCGCCUCGUGAUAAAACCACAAAGGAAGAUGUAACAUUCCAACAACGUUUCUACAGAUCCCUGCACGCAGCAUAUAGGAUGGAAAAGUUACAUGUACUUAAUAAGCAUACACGAAGCGUCCAUUCCAUAGAUUUCCAUCCGGAAGGUCGACUGCUAGCAACAGGCUCAGAAGACACUAACGUUAUAGUCUGGGAUUGGUUAUCAAGAAAACCGGUGCAUACCAUCGAAGCCGUUCAUAGCAACAGAGUUUACCAAGCCAAAUUUCUAUAUAUGAACUCCGGCAGUCAACUCGACAUAGUCACGAGCGCCAAGGAUGGGCGUAUAAAUUUGAUACAAUGCGGUAGUGCGGGCGGCUAUUGGUUUCGAAGACGUCUGGCGACCCAUUCUAAAGCGGCAGUUAAAGUGCACGUCACGCCCCAAGAGCCGCAAUCCGUAUUGUCUGCCGGUCAAGAUGGAUUAAUAUUGCACAGUGACCUCAGAACCAAUGUUGUUAACAGAGUUGUGCAUGUGAAGCAACAUGGUACACCCAUGCCUGUCCAGAGUGUGCAUGGCCAUCCACUGAAUCCCAUGCAAAUCGUGGUAGCCCCACUGGAUGUGUUUAUCAGGCUGUACGAUAGGCGCAAGACAAACAAGCCCCUGGCAUUGUACUGUCCAACUGUAUUCACAGAAGAACGGAACAUAAUCAGGAGGUCUAUACGCCUGCCUAAAUUAAGCUUAACUUCUGCGGUGUACAACUAUAACGGCAAUGAGAUCCUCGGCUCUUACAGCUAUGAUCAUUUAUACUUGUUCAAUACAAAAAAUGAUGUUCAUGAUCCAAGCCUUCCACCCACCAAUGGAGGGAAAGGCUACACUCACCGGUAUAGAGGCCACCGAAAUAGCUACCCCUUGAAGAGCGUUUCAUUCUAUGGUCCUCAGAGCGAGUACGUAAUGUCCGGAUCCGAUUGUGGCCAUUUCUUUAUGUGGGAGAAGAACAGUGAGUCCAUCGUGCAGUUUCGCCCAGCCGACAAUCACGGAGUGGUUAAUGUUGUAGAGCCGCACCCGCGUUAUCCGAUUUUGGCGUCCUGUGGUGUGGACAAGGAAGUGAAGAUCUGGGCGCCGUACAGCAACGAGGACCCUACAUUUUUGGGGCUAGCGAAUACCAUACGCAUGAACGCCACGUCAGAUUGGCAAAGCCCGUUAUUCGACGAUUUCUUGCCGACAAUGCACAGGCCGUGGGACGAUGAUAGUCGCUUUGAUAUUGAAGAUUGAAGACGUGGGAUAUUCCAACAUCGAGAUUGGAUCCUACGUCUGUACCACAUUUAAAAGCGGUACCUGCCUCAAACUAAACUAACUGCUGCUGAAGCAGUUAUAUGUGGUCUAUUUAUUAUUUUUGUAUUAUUGACAUUUUAUAGUGCUCACGGAAAGACUCUGCUAGUCAUAAGUUUCAUAUUCUAUUUGUUGAGAUUUAGGCUACAUAAAAUAAUAAUAAAAUAAUAAAUAAUAAUAAUAAUAUAAGGCUUUCCAUAAUUUGUUUUGGAAAGCCUUGUUCCUUUUGUUGGUUCCUUAAUUAAGCACAAAACAAACAACAUUCAUGCUACGUGGUUACUCAUCUUUAAUGUGGUUAUUAAGUAUUUAGAUUUGUAAUUACAUCAAUAAAUAUUUUAUGUAGUCUUUAUUGACGUAUCGACAUCGUAUAAAUUAAUAAAUAUAGAAGAAUAAAACAACGCACAGCUGGAUCUAUGUAAUUAUAGUUUGUAUUAUGUUGUACUUACUAACUGUCCAGUCGUAUUUAAAAUAUAAGCACUAGAUGGUAAAAUGCUUAGAUAUGUUUGCAAUAAUAGCAAUCGAAAUAUGAAUUUUGUGUCUGUACUUUUUGACGGAUAAGUGUGUAACUAAUAAUUGUUAUUUAAGUAGUCAUUUAUUCAUUAUAAAAACGCCAAAUGCGUUGCCACUCUGUAUUGAAUUAAUGUAUCAGAAAUAUAAUAUAGCCAUUGUGUGUUUAAAUGAAUUACACGUAUUACGAACUCUGAUAGUUGUAAUUUAAUAAUAAUGUAAUUUAUAAUUUAAUGAAACCUUCAAUAUUAGAUACAUAAACUAAUUAUGUAUCAUAAGUGAAUACCCACGUUUAACAUAAUCUACCCCACUAAACUACUGGGGUUUUUAGGUCGCUACCCUUUUUAUGUGGGUCAGGCGGCUUUAAGGGCAGAUUGGCCUAUUUAGUAUACCUAGUUACUAUUUUACGUGCCACUUUCAUAAAUGAUGCACACAAAAUAUCUGUAAAUCUCGAUGUGUUUAAAAACGUACAUAUUAUUAAGUAAACAUGUGACUGACUGUGUAGUUAGGACUGGGCGAGGUGAAAUCCCGCUCGGUGUUGUGUAUUAAGAAUUAAUGUUAGUGCUAAGCAAUUAUCAGUAUUGAAAUAAAUAAGAUAGCGGA